CUCAACGAGAGCACCAAGUUCAUCGUGUGCUUCAUCGCGUUCGCGGUGCUCGUGACGCACCCGAGCCCGAAGACGUCGUGGUGCAUCCUGGGCUCGUUCGUCGCGUACGUGAACGGGAAAAUUCUGAAAAAGUGCAUCGGGCAGACGCGGCCGGAGUCGCUCGACGGCGGUAAACGACGCGCGGACCCGGGGAUGCCGUCCUCGCACGCCAUCUCGCUCGCGUUCAUGUCCUGCUACGCCGCGGCCGCGGUGUACCGCGGCGAGAACUCGCUGUCGUUCCAGGCGAUCUUGUACUACCUCCCGGAAUACCUGACGCCGCACUUCGCGGCGAUAGCGAUCUUGGGAGGCGUGUUUCUCACGUGGCUGCGCGUCGCGCUCGGGUAUCACACCGCGCCGCAGGUGUUCGCGGGGUACGCGAUGGGCGCGGCGACCGCGAUCGGGUGGCUGUGGGCGGGGGAGACGCUCGUCGAGCCCGCGUUC